AUGUCGGUCGAUGCUUCAGGAACAAAAUUGACUCAAUUGACAAAAUAUGCGUUGAUUCAAGAAGUAAAACGUCUUCAAACAGAAAAUACUGAAUUGAGACAGAAAAUUCAGCAAACUGAAAGUGUUGCUGCUAGCAGACAUGCGUUGUUUGAAGCAGCUAAACUACGGUCUGCAAAACAUCGUAACGAAAAAGAAAGACUACAACGGUUGGAUCGUUUGUUGCAAAUGGCAUAUAUUAUGGUUACAUUUGGCAGUCUGUUGCUGACUAUUUAUGCUGUUGCUCUGGCCGUUGAUGAACAUGGAGUGUCCGGAUUCAAGUUACCAUCGAAGCUAAUUUCAACCAACUACAAAUGGGCAGUUGAUGAUCGAAUUGGAAGUUUUCUUGUUGGAUGUUUAGGUUUCAGCAUUUCUAUUCCAUCGCAAUUAACGUUUCCAGCACCAUAUCUCUCGUUCGCUGGCGUUUCUCUUUUUGCUGCGAAGCAAAUGAUAGUCCUGUUUUUACCCAAAUGGUAUAUUGGUUGCUUAACAUUAUUUGCGAUGGCAGCAAUGUUCGCCCUUAAUUCUGAUCGAAAAAAACAGGUUAGUCUUUCAAACUUGAUCUCAAGUAAUCGAAAUCAUUAUUUGAUUCCACAUGCCAAAAUUCUUUGA